AUGCUUUCCUUCUUAGCUCAGCAGUCCAACUCCGCAUCAACAUCCUCAACAACGACCACCGGAAACGGUUCAUUUUUCGAUGACGAUAUUUUCGGUCAGAGGGGGUUUAUAACUCCGGGGGGAGGUUCCCUGGGUUCGAAUGCACACCAGCACCACUUCCCGUUCAGUGGAUUUCCAGUUCAUCCUUCGCCCCAUGAUUCCCUGUCUUUUACUGGCGGUUUUACGAGCGCCGCUUACAACGACUCCAAGCGACUACUUCAGUCGACUCCGUCAUCGCUGACGUCAUCGUUAUCACGUGACGUCCCGGACAAAAACAUCAAGGUCUCCUUGGAGAACAAAGAACUCUGGCAGAAGUUCAACUCAAUUGGGACGGAGAUGAUUAUCACCAAGUCUGGAAGGUUCGCUAUUACUGUCAUACUUUUUUUGUAA